AUGAGAUUACUGUUGAGCCGUUUAACGCGGCUAUCGACAAGCCUUAUACGGGCUCAAAUCCUCCACCGUUCAACAAUACCAAUUCGUCGAGGCUUUACCAGCUCACUCGUUCGACAUGAUCAAAAUUCUGAUACAGCAUCCAAACCUUCACCAACUCAGAGUAAUACGGACAUCCUCUCUGACGAAGCAAAGCAGAAUGGCCAACCGGCCAAGAAAACUUCAAGGUUGGCAGCCUUGAAAAAGCGUAACCAGACGUCAAAUACCAGCAAGACCGGGGUCAAAGUAGAUGAGACAAGUCAACGAUAUAUCCUUGGACAAUCUGCCGACAGACCAAUUCGUGCGCGCUUUGCGCCGUCUCCUACUGGAUAUCUGCACUUGGGGUCACUCAGAACAGCUCUUUUCAACAAUUUGGUAGCAAAGGCUACAAAGGGAGGUGACUUUAUUAUACGAAUUGAGGACACCGACCAGAAUCGUUUGGUACCCGACGCCGAAGAGCGUAUAUUUAAGGACCUCGAAUGGGCUGGUCUGUCAUGGAGCGAAGGUCCCGACAAAGGCGGUCCAUACGGCCCCUAUCGUCAGUCAGAACGUCUUGAGACCUACAAAGAGCAUACUCAUACCUUAAUCGAAAACGGUUCCGCAUAUCGCUGUUUCUGCAACCAGUCGGUACUCGAGGCCCAGAAGCGUGCUCUUCACGACGCCGGCAAGUCCACUGCUUACCCAGGAACAUGCCGCUCCGUUCCGCGUUCUGAGUCUGAUGAACGAGCUGCCAAGGGCGAAGCUCAUGUCGUUCGAUUGGAUUCGGGCCGCUUCGGUACGCCAAAGUUCAAGGAUGCUAUCUAUGGCCCUUUUCAGAAGAAGGAGCCCGAGGAGGAUUUUGUACUAAUGAAAACCGAUGGCUUUCCUACCUAUCAUCUUGCGAAUGUGGUUGACGACCACCUCAUGAAGAUUACUCAUGUCAUCCGUGGCGAGGAAUGGCUCAUCUCGACGCCCAAACAUUUGGCUCUCUACGAGGCUUUUGGUUGGGAACCUCCGACCUUUGCCCAUCUAGGUCUUCUUGUCAGCAACGAUGGAUCAAAGCUUAGCAAGCGCAAUGCUAGCGUUAACCUUUCAACAUAUAUGGACCAAAAGGUUUUUCCUAUGGCCCUACAAGCCUGGCUCGCUAACUUGGGUGCUUCGUUCAAGAAAGGCGUCCAGACACCACGUUUCCUGGAAGAUGUGGCUGAAAACCUGAGUUACAAAUUUACACGUGGUGGUAUAAAACUAAAUCCACAAAAGCUUGACUUCUUUCAACACGAGUACCGGAGUCUGUUAUUCAAAAUCCCUCUCUCCGACCACACUCCUCGCGAACAGGCUCUCAUUAGAGACAACCUACUCAGUCCCCUUAUCAACAAAGUCCACGAAAUCACCUCGUUUUCCAAAGAGAGCACUGGCAAUUAUGUACCGAUCCAACCACGUGGUACCUCUCUCAAGUGGCCUGGCCCUUUGACUCCAGUUCCAGCCAUGCUGUUAUCUGAAUCAUCGCAGCAGUCAUAUGCCUUCCAAAUCCUUGCUCAAGAAACCUCGCGAUACACAUCCGCGGAUGACAUACCGCGCCUGCUGCCAUACCUGUUCUGGCGCCCUCCCAUUGCCAUCUACCGAGCGGCGCUCGCUACUGAGACUCCACGUCGUGAUUUGAUCAACCUCGUUCAUGAUACGGUCAAUUCGACAGACAGUUGGGAAAUGGGUUUCGAGCGCCUCUUGGAGCGUGUCCCUUCUGAUCAAGCCCCUGAUCUGCAUAGUAUUCUUCGCCUGAUUGCUGUUGGCAGCCCACAAGCUGUCGCCAAGGCAUCCCGUAUAUUGUUCAGCAUCUUAGGUCAAGACGAGUGGCGAGUUCGUGCCACUCAAGUGCGCGAUUUGUUGCAUGAGCUGGACUCAGGGGGUGAGAGCAUUCGUCAGAGGUGGACAGACGAAGCUGCACCUAUAACUUCAGAAGCCGACGCCGUUGUUGGAUAA